GCAGCCCCCGCCGCGGGCAUGGAGGUGACCAGGAGCAAUUUUAAGGAUAACCUUGGCAAAGUUUAUGAAGCCAUCGAAGAAGCGGACUUUUUGGCGAUUGAUGGAGAGUUUUCAGGGAUCAGCGAUGGCCCGUCCGUCAGUGCGCUGACCAACGGCUUUGACACGCCUGAAGAAAGGUAUCAGAAACUGAAAAAGCAUUCCAUGGGUUUCUUGCUGUUCCAGUUUGGACUCUGCACUUUUAAAUAUGAUCUUACGGAAGCAAAGUACAUCAUGAAAUCAUUUAAUUUCUAUAUCUUUCCCAAACCUUUCAACAGAACAUCACCGGAUGUCAAAUUUGUCUGUCAGAGUUCAAGUAUAGACUUUUUAGCAAACCAGGGAUUUGAUUUUAAUAAAGUUUUUCGCAAUGGAAUCCCUUAUUUAAAUCAAGAAGAGGAAAGGCAGCUACGGGAGCGGUAUGACGAGAAGCGUUCUCAAGCCAAUGGCGCAGGGACUUUGUCUUAUGUGUCCCCGAAUGCUACCAAGUGUCUUGUGACUAUUCCGGAGGACCAGAAGAAGUUCAUUGAGAAUGUGGUAGAACGGAUAGAAAAUCUCUUACAGAAGGAAGAGAGUACCAGCUUAGAGCUGGAACCGUGCACAGGAUUCCAGAGAAAGCUGAUCUAUCAGAUGUUGAGCUGGAAGUAUCCAAAAGGCAUCCAUGUUGAAACUCUGGAAACGGAGAAGAAAGAAAGAUACAUUAUUGUCAGCAAAGUGGAUGAAGAGGAGCGCAAAAGGAGAGAGCAGGUCAAGCAAGCAAAAGAGCAGGAGGAGCUUAACGAUGCCGUGGGAUUUUCCCGAGUCAUUCAUGCGAUUGCAAAUUCCAGCAAGCUCGUGGUUGGCCAUAACAUGCUGCUCGACGUCAUGCACACCAUCCACCAGUUCUACUGCCCCCUCCCAGAGGAACUCAGCGAAUUUAAAGAAGUAACGACGUGCGUCUUUCCAAGGCUACUGGAUACGAAGCUGAUGGCAAGUACCCCGCCAUUCAAGGAAAUUAUCAGCAACACCUCUCUUGCCGAGCUGGAAAAGCGUCUAAAGGAGAGACCCUUCAGCCCCCCAGAAGUUGAAAGCACAGAAGGAUUCCCCAGUUACAACACGGACUCGGAGCAGCUUCACGAAGCUGGUUAUGAUGCUUACAUCACUGGCCUGUGCUUCAUCUCCAUGGCCAACUUCCUAGGUUCCUUCCUCAGCCCUCCCAAGAAUCCCGUCUCUGCCAGGUCAAAGCUCAUUGAACCGUUUUUCAACAAGUUAUUUCUCAUGAGGGUGAUGGACAUCCCGUACCUCAACUUGGAAGGGCCAGACUUGGAGCCAAAACGAGACCAUGUUCUUUACGUGACAUUUCCCAAAGAGUGGAAGACGAGUGACCUGUACCAGCUCUUCAGUGCUUUUGGUAACAUUCAGGUGUCCUGGAUUGAUGACACAUCGGCAUUUGUGUCGCUUAGUCAACCUGAGCAGGUGCAAAUCGCUGUGAACACCAGCAAGUAUGCGGAAAGCUACAGGAUCCAAACCUAUGCAGAAUACAUCGAGAAAAAGCAUGGGGAAAAGCGGCAAGGAAAGAGGAAAUGGACCGAAGAUGGCUGGAAGGAAGUGGAAGCCAAGAGGUUGAAGCCGCAGGCCGUGCCGCCCGUGCCACCGAGCCGGUACUGCAAUUUUACCAGUUUUACAGCUACCAGCACUGUGGGAAAGAGAAGCAUGAGUCCUAUUCAAGAGGAGAGCGGCUGCGACGAGGCAGAAGAAGGGGCGCUGGACCCCUCCGACUCCUUUGAGGAAUCCACAGAUGAGAGGAAGAAGAAGGCCAAGAAGUUCAAGAGAGCCAAAAGGGAGCCAGACCCGACAGGGGGUGUCCAGAGUGCUUCCUCCACGCUCUUUGAAGUUCCGGACAUGUGGUAG